CCGGCAAGAUGGCGGCGGGCCUGCGGAAGCGGGGCCCGGCGGGGGUCGGGGCGGGGUUGGGGGCCCGCUGGGGACCGCAGGCGCGGCGGGUGUGGGGGGCGGGCCGCCUGCUGCUGCUGGAACCCCGCUACACGCCGCUGGUGGCCGCCUGCCUCUGCCUGGCGGAGGUGGGCAUCAACCACUGGGUCAUCCGCAGGGUGCCGUAUACCGAGAUCGACUGGAAGGCCUACAUGGCCGAGGUGGAGGGCGUGAUCAACGGCACCUAUGACUACACCCAGCUCCGGGGUGACACCGGGCCCCUCGUCUACCCCGCCGGCUUCGUGUACAUCUUCAUGGGCCUGUACUACGCCACGGGCCGGGGCACGGACAUCCGCCUGGCCCAGAAUAUCUUCGCCGGCCUCUACCUCGCCACCCUACUGCUCGUCUUCCGCAUCUACAGCCAGACGCGCCGGGUGCCCCCGUUCGUGUUCUUCUUCAUGUGCUGUGCCUCCUACCGCAUCCACUCCAUCUUCGUGCUGCGGCUCUUCAACGACCCCGUGGCCAUGGCCCUGCUCUUCCUCAGCAUCAACCUCCUGCUCGCCCAGCGCUGGGGCUGGGGCUGCGGCUGCUUCAGCCUGGCCGUCUCCGUGAAGAUGAACGUGCUGCUUUUUGCCCCGGGGCUGCUGUUCCUCCUCCUCUCCCACUUUGGUCUCCACGGGGCCCUUCCCAAGCUGGGCAUCUGUGCCCUCCUGCAGGUGGCCCUCGGACUGCCCUUCCUCCUGGAGAACCCAGCGGGCUACCUGUCGCGCUCCUUCGACCUCGGCCGCCAGUUCCUGUUCCGCUGGACCGUGAACUGGCGCUUCCUGCCCGAGGCCUUGUUCCUGCACCGGGCCUUCCACCUGGGGCUGCUGGCCGCCCACCUGGGCUUGCUCGUGCUCUUCGCCCUUCGCCGGUGGCUCGGCUCAGGAGAGAGUGUGCUGUCCCUGCUGAAGGACCCCUCGCAGCGGAAGACCAGACCCCAGCCCCUCACGGCCAACCAGAUCGUCUCCGUCCUCUUCACCUCCAACUUCAUCGGCAUCUGCUUCAGCCGCUCCCUGCACUACCAGUUCUACGUCUGGUACUUCCACACUCUGCCCUACCUCCUGUGGGCCGCGCCCGCCCGCUGGUUCACCCAUCUCCUCAGGCUCCUGGUGCUCGGACUGAUCGAGCUGUCGUGGAACACCUACCCGUCGACCUCCUGCAGCUCCGCCGCCCUCCACGUCUGCCACGCCGUCAUCCUGCUACAGCUGUGGCUACACUCUUCUGCCCUGCUGAAGCCCUCCCAGCCCCCCAAACCCGGCAGGAAGAUCCAGUGCGCCCCCCCCCCCCCCCGGACCCUCUCCUAG